CACUAUUUUGCUGCUGGCUAUAUUACUUUAAUGAGUCAAAUAGUUUUAUUCCGCCAGCUUCACUUUAACAGUAAACUUGUAAGAAAUUAGACGCAGCAAUCCUUUAGCAGUCCGCGAAAAUCAACUACGUUAAAUCAACCAUAUAUACAUACAAAUGUAUUAAUUUUAUUAAGACAUAAACAUAUGUACAUACAUAUGUAAGUUAUAUAAUGAAGUUAAAUUGUGUUAUGAUGCAGUUUGUGGUGCUGUUAAUGCAAAAUUGUCCGUCCCAAAACGGCGUAUUAGCGCGAAAUGUACACACAACUACCGCUAUAAUUCUGAGUGACAUUCGUAAUGCUUUCAAAACCAUAACAAACAAUACAAAUCUCAUAAAUCGUAUUAUACCCCAGAUGUACGAGCCCGUAGCGCUUUCAUCCAAUGUUACUUUUCAAUUCAAAAUACCAGACGGCAGUGUAAAGGACGGUUCCUCAAUAUUGACGAUGCGGCGUAGUGACUUAGUUGACCCAGUUUUUCCUAAUUUAACAAUGGAGUACAUGCGCGCGCAAUUAAAUAAAACCCGGUCCACUUUAUUUACAAACGAAAGUCUGGAUAAUUUGGAGCCAACUAAAGUAAGUGCCGAAAGCAGUGCAAAUACUUGGAGUUCACUAGGAUUGGAUGGUUGGUCUGGCGCUGUUGCUCCAGCGGUUGUUGAGCCAAAUAUUCAGGAGGCAUAUCCAAACAGCGAUAUCCUUUUAGGGUUGGAGAAUGGAGGGAAGGACCCCGAUGAUGAGAACGUAUAUAUUGCACGCGUUAAUGAUCCUUUCGGUAUCUCCGUCAAAUGGGCAUUUAAAAAUUUAACCGGUCGGACAAAACGCGACGUGCUUACAUUAUACUCCAUCAUUCAAUGUGCCACCGGUUGUAAGCCACUCGUAUAUAAAGGAUACGGUUGUUACUGUGGAUUUUCAGGUUCUGGUGUUCCUGUUGAUGGCAUAGAUAACUGCUGCAGGAUCCACGACAUAUGUUACGAAAACAGUAAUUGUAUAUCCUAUUUAGAAUAUUUUGUACCCUACAUUUGGAAGUGCUAUCGACGAAAACCAUUAUGCGCUUUAGACCAUGGUGAAUUUGGAGGCCCAAGAUCAUGUGCAGCGCGACUGUGUAAAUGUGAUAUUCAAUUGUCUCAUUGUUUACGACGAUUUACCUGUCCCAGACGUAAAGCGGUAUGCUUCAGCUCGAAAGCUAGGCGUUUUCAAAAUUUAUUACUUUCAUUUUAGAUUUAU